UUUUUUAUGUUCCGUCUCAUCGGGCGCCGCCGGGCGUUUAUAUCUGAUCCCAUCAGAACGAAGCGCGUAUGGAGAGACGCAGAGUAACGGUGAUAGUAGACUCCACCAGGUUUUGAAAUGUACGACAAUGUAAUUCACACAGACGGGUUUGUUUCUGCCAUCGAGUUUUGUCCAUACGAGUCUGCGACCAAAUUAUUGGCGUAUUCAAGUGCGGAAUACCUCCACAUUUGCUCUGUGACUUUCCAACAUGAAGAACAGAGCAGCCAGCAGGAGAAACAACCCGUUCGUUCAGUUGUAACUCACCAUGAACAUCUAAAAAAAUACAGCCAAGAUGGUAUCACUAGCAUCUCAUGGUCACCGUCAAGCUCAAUGAAAUACCUUCCAAGAUGCGGCAAACUGGCUCUUGGAUUACUUAACUCUAAAGUUAUCAUUCUAACCACCGACUUUAAAGAAGAAACAACCCACACAACGCUUGAAGGUCACAAGAGCGGUGUUAAUUCUGUUGCUUUUGAGCCAUUGGAGGGCAAUAAACUUGCUUCUGUAAGCGAUGACAACACAUGUAGGAUUUGGGAUUCCGUAAAUGAGAGCAUUCUCCAUGUAUUGUGUUUGCAACACGCUGGAAUAAAUGUUUGCUGGAACAGACUUGAACCUGAUGUACUCAUGGUAGCGGAACUUUCUGGUAGCAUCCGGUUUUAUAGUUUGGAUGAAGAAAAUGAAGCACCAUUGCCACUUAAAUGGCUGCAUUGUGGAAGGGGUAACCUUACAGCCGCUGAUUGGUGCCCCAUUAACCCCAUGAAAGUAGGGGCUGCUGUUGGUACUGAAUGGGUGUUGUGGGACUCUACUAAAUCUAGUCUUUCGGAGGAUACACGGCAAUGUCAUGUUGGUGGAAGCAUCAUGUUCCGGUGGUCUCGACAGAAUGAAGAUGUUUUUCUCACUCAAGGAAGACCAAAACAUUCACUUAAAAUUCACCAUCUGGGUCACAGGGAAUUACUACGCCAUGAAACAUUACAAGUAGGAAGUGGAGCAACAUGGCACGCCAUUCAUCCUAUAUGUGCUGUAGCUGGAUCGCAACACAUCCAAUUUUAUGAUGUUUCCUCAGAUCUUUGAUUACUUUAGUUGUCACACAUGUUAGCGCUGUCAUUUCUAACUAAGCGAUUGUUUUGUUUUGUGCACCAAUGCUGAAAAUUGAAAUGUUGAUAUUAAUCAUUUGUAUGAUUUUUUAUCCACACUGCCAAAAUGAUAUUUCUUUAUAG